CAUACAAAAAUUCAAUAUUUUAACCCAAUUUAUGUACAGGAUAACACUACUGGCAUGAGUGUGUUGAUGGCCGCUGCGGGCUCGGGACAUCUUGACGUAGUCCGCUACUUGCUGAGCGAAGGGGCUCCUUGGAAUGCUGUUGAUAGAAAAUAUCUGUCUGCUGGGGACUACGCAGCCAAAAACGGACACCAGACUAUAAUAGAUGCACUGAUUGAUCACGCCGUUACCUGCGAAAUGCUACUUAGUCUGGCUCGGUCUGACUCCGAAGGUGAGGAGGAAGUUGAUACCUGUGACGUUAUGAAGCCAAGUUAUCAUGCCUCGGAUGGCUGUUCGUCUUCGAAACGCUCAAGAUCGAGUGUUUUCUCGAUCGACGCAAGCUCUGCUUCGGGGGACGAUAGGACACCGCUAGUAGAACAAGAAAGCCUUCUCAAUUCAGCUUAUUUGAGAUCACGUCUCGAAUAUUCUGAUAAUGGACAGCGCUUGAUGGAUACUGGCACCAAUCUGGCCGUCAUGAUGGACUGGGAGCGUCCGCUGAUGUCUAGACACGCAGAAUGGAUUUGCUUCGCCGACCAUUGUGAUGCUAAAUCCGCCUCCUUAAAAGACCAGGCACGUGAACUUCGUGUAUUGAACGUCGGUUUUGGCAUGGGCAUUGUGGACACUGCGAUUCAAUCUUUUACGCCCACUGAGCACGUUAUAAUCGAGGCUCAUCCUCAGGUCCUUGACUUCAUGAGAUCGAAGGGUUGGCAAAACCGUAGAGGGGUCUCUAUUUUAUCUGGCCGCUGGCAGGAGGCUGUGAUUACACUAAAGGAGGAGAUAAUCUCCUGUAAUCGUCCUCGCUUUGACGGGAUUUUCUUUGACACCUAUGCUGAGGACGACACGGAUUUGCGUCGGUUUCAUAGCUACUUGCCUUAUUUAUUAAGACAAGAUGGCGGCCGUUAUUCCUAUUAUAAUGGUUUGUGUCCAGACAAUGUCUUCUUUCAUGGCGUGGCCUGCGAGACCCAGAGGCUUUUACUUAAAAAGCAAGUUUUUUUUUCAUGGGAUACUUGCACGCAAAAUUCAUUUUAUGACCUGCAUUCUAUAAGACGUCAGCUUAAGGGUUUGUGUCAGGGUACCAAACCUUGCUCGCAUCGUUGA